AUGGGCUGCGUGGGGUCUACAGCGAAGGAAGAUUCCCCUAAAGGUAGGAUUGCGCUCUGGAAUGCCAUCUCUGCUUCCUCUUCCCCCACUGGGUUCUCCCAUUCCCCUUCCCCGGCUCUGCUCUCCUGUCCCCCUUCCCGCGCCCUGCCCUCCCUGUGCCGCAAGAAGGUGGUGAAGCCCAAGGCAUGGAAGCACCCAACGCCGCUGUCACAGGCAGAGCUGGCGCGCAUGAGGGAGGAGUUCUGGGACACAGCGCCGCACUACGGCGGCCAACGAGAGAUAUGGGACGCGUUGAAGGCGGCCACAGAGGGGGACAGAAGUAUGGCGCAAGUGAUACUCGAGUCAGCAGGGGUGGUGGUCGACGUACCAGACAUGUCCGUGUGCUACGAUGAGAGAGGAGCCAAGUACGAGCUACCUCACUAUGUUUUGAGCGAUCCCAUCAACCUCAUAAAGGAAUCCUGA